UUUUGAGCCGUGACGUAUUGACUAACGGGGACCCGCGAGUUUUCACACCGGUGCUCCAUCUGCUUGCGAGGGCGACUAUUUGUGGGAGAUAAACUGCGCCUCGCUCCUGAGCCGCUCUGACCGUCUUCUUUAUAUUAUCACCAGCACUUGUCAACAAGCUCACCUUCCUGCUGCUCAGUGCACCUCUGUGACCGCCGGGACUGUGACCUGCAGCACUGUGAAUACACAAGGCGUUUGGAAGUUUAUUAUUUUUUGGGGGAGAACAUAAAAAAAGUGAGAUUUCGCCAAAAGAUGCUGGAUCGGAGUGUUUUAUCAUUGCUCUUUGGAUGCCUGGCUUGUCUUGUGCUGACCUCUGUUGUAAAUGCAGAUGGCCGAGUGUUCGUGCUGGAUCUGAGGAGCUCUGGCCUGCAGGGCUUCAGAGAUGCUGAGGGGGCUUGUGCCUCACGACAUGCCCGCUUGGCAUCAGCAGAGGAGCUCCGUCAUGCUGUGGUGGAGUGCUUCUUCUCCCCAUGCACCCGUGGGUGGCUCUACGGAGGCAUAGUCGGGACCACGGUGUGUAAUGUCGUGGGCAGUGCACUGAAAGCAGUGGAUGUAAGAACAGAAAAUGCCACAGAAGACGCUACACACCUGGACGCCUUCUGUAUCAAAGACAAAGGUGUACCAUGUGGUGACCCACCAUCCUUUCCUAACGCCCGUCUGCAGGAGCACAGUGGGUAUGAGAUGGGAGAUGAGCUGCUGUACACAUGUGCGCCAGGUUACGUAAUGCCCAGUCGACACAGUGCCUUCAGCCUGCUGUGCGACAGCUGUGGGGAGUGGUAUGGACUGGUGGAGCUGUGUGUCAAAGAUGAGACUGACACUCACGUAGACUACGAGGACAAGUUCCCAGACUCUUAUGAACAGGCAAAACACCACAACGAGAGACCCCAGGAGGCUCAUGGUGAGGUGCACGAGGAGGUGCAUGGAGCUGUAUACCCGGAGGCGGAAAGGGGUCAGGAGCAGAAAGAGACUAGCUUCAGUGUUCCAGCAGAGGAGGAGCAUCAAGACCAACAUGGAGUGGAAGGAGAGGUGAUCAGUAUAAAAUCUGAAGGACCUGCAGAAGGAGGAGAGAAAGACCGUGCUAUUGAGGACUUCAUAGGACAUCCGAGAUGGGAGCAGGAGAGGUGGGAGGAGGUCAGGACUGAUGCAGCCGCAGCCACAGAAGCACCCGUCUCUAUUCUCUCCCAGAAACACCUCUUCUGGUUCCCCUCUGAGGCCUUCCAAGACGAGGGACGUCCUGUCUCCACCAAUCCACUUACACAGACUACACAGAGAGCCUCAGGUGCCCAAUCAGAGGAGAGUAAAGAGCACGACAGCCAAGAAACGCACCACCACCAGCGUCCAGUUGAUGUUGACCACCAUGUGCAAGACAGCUAUGAUGAUCGUGACACAGAAGACCGAGACGAUCAUGAUGACAGCAAGCAUGAUGACCUGGAUGCCCAUGACGACAGCCACCACGAUGAUCAAGAUGAGAGCCGCCAGGAUGAAGAUGAUCGUGAUGAUCAUGUGAAGCAUUACAUUCCAGCUCAGCAUGAUGACCUGGACAGACGGGACCGCCACGAGAGUCAUGAUGAUCACGAUGACCAUUAUGACAUGGGGGAACAUGAGGAGGAUCGUGAUCGUGUUCGUUAUACCAGCCAGGAGUAUGACGACACUUAUGAUGAACAUGAAAGCUAUGAAGAACAUGACGAUGUGACCAAUGAUCGCGAUGACGAUGGUCAAGAACGUCCUGAUGGUUCUGAGGAACAUCCCGACAAUGAUGACCAUGAUGAUCCUGAGGAACAUUACAGCCAAGAGGAGGAUGAUAACGACCGUUACACUGAUCAAGAUGAUCAUGAACACGAUGACCAUGACAGCUAUGAUGAUCAUGAUAGCCAUGAAGAUGACGGUCAACAGCAUGUAAUCUUUUCUAUAGCAACAGAUAGAGGUCAUAACGUCACUCAGAAGGAAGCAGAGGGAGAGGCCACCACAGAUGACACCUGGCUGGAUGGCUACCCUGUUGUUCCUGAGGAGACAGAAAAUGGUGACUCCACAACAGAAGAGACGACAGACAAACCCAAUGAGGUGGAAAUUCGUAGACCCAUCCCUCACACCAACUCACCAGAUGCACCCAAAUCUGCCACCACGGACCCUGCCUUAGAUCAAGGGGUGGUGCACCCUGGGUUCAUCCCCACCGCUGCUCCCUCACAGCCAUCAGACUCCCCCUCAUACUCCGACACCCUGGAUUACGACACACAACAGGCGGCUCCCACCCACUCCUGGCACCUCACUCAGCACCCCUUCCUCGACCAUGGCCCAGUUCCACCGAACCACAUCGACGAAGAUGGAAUGAUGGAAGAGCACACUAUACGCAACCUGCCUGGUGAGGCCGGCGAGAGGGACGAGAUAGAGGGAGAGAUGGGAGAGGCAAUCUGCACAGGUGAGAACUGCCCUCCUCCGAGCUCCUCGAGCAGAGGUCCCACGGUGGCAGCCAUAAUAGCGGCGGUGUGUGUGGUCGCUGCGGCAGUCAUCGUCGGGGUAUGGUGCUACCGAAGACAACAGCAAAAGAGCUCAGUGUAUGAGAUGAAUGGGAAGGGUCAAAGCCAGACCAGACAGGGCCAACAGAUAGAGAUGCAGCAGAAAGUGUAAGAGCGACAGGUGAGGACAGAGGGACACUGACAGAGGGCAGAGACAUUUUGGAGGGAUGGGAAGAUUCUUAUGAAUUUGAGAGGAAAGCACAGCCCCUUAUCUCGCUAGAAACUACUGCAUGAUUGAAGAUUUUGGAUAGGUAUGAACAGAUGUGCCACAGCCCUUAUUUAAAGAGCAAAACCUCACCCAUGUGAUUAUGUUUAACAAUAAGACCUGACACAUCAAGCUGACAGUUGGCCAUUGGUCAAUGUUGAGCCAUAGGGGAGCGUCUGUCGCCCUAGUUUUGGCGUUGUAGUAGUCGGACCUGGUCGGCUUCUUUUCAGUAGAUUCAGCAUGUUGAAUUGGCAUUGGAUACGGCAAAGCCCGUCAGUGAAUGAAAUCACUCUGAUACGCAGUUCAGUUCAGUGCACAAGAGGAGAAACAGAAGUGAGGAAAGUAAACAAACGGCUAAAGUCAAAAGGGCGUGAGAUCGUAACAAACUUGUUAUUAGGUAAGAUAUUUGUUAAGCCAUUGAGCUCUUUAGCAGAAAUGGUUUCACACAGAGAACGUACGUGCUAGUUUGCUGAUGGCUAUAGUUUUUGCAGCGUGUUCAAGUGCAACUUUUUAGACGAGACACAGGCGACUUGAGGCGAAACAACAGUCGAUCUUCAUUGCCACUAGUUCUUUGGUGUCAGUUUGGUAUGUCUGGGCCUUAACACAGUGACACCUGUGUGAAACAGAAUGGUAGAUUGAUUUUUAGGAAUUUUACCCAUCUGUGUUAUACCUACCCAAUAUUUUUAAAGCUCUGACAUCUAGCUGGACAUGUGGAGGGGCUGUGUCUGGACUCAUAUCAAGGAUUAUAACCAUGUAGGAAAACCGCAAGAAGACAUGCCUGCCCGCCUGAAUAUAUGAACUUCAACGUCCAAAGCUCUUGGACAUUGUGGUAAAGAUUCUCUGUGUUACCUUUUUUGUUCACUUCACUGAGUGCUCAUUUAUUGCUGAUUUAGCUGCAUUGUUCUCCAACCUUUUCUGUUUGUCUGGGUAUUGUGAUGAUAAAAAUUGUAUUCCACUUGUUACCCUAUGGCAAGAGUGCUGAAGUAUAAAACACUUCAGAUCAUCGCAGCAGAUUUGGGCAGGUAGUCCCAAAUGUGUGCCCGUGCUUCUGUCAAACCAGCAAGAACGAAAAGUAGUAUGAUGAUGAUAGUUACACCAGAUGAGAGGGUUGAAUAAGCAGUAUGGCGGGAAAGGUGUGAGAGGGAAGGAUGGCGGCUAAUACAUUUUAAGAUCUUCCCGCCUCUGUUGGUUUUGACAGUCGGCUGGUGAGAGAUAAAGAGCGGGUGUCCAUCCAGACUGCAAACUCAGCCCGUGUGUGUGUGUGUGUGUGUGUGUGUGUGUGUGUGUGUCUAUGUGUGUGUGUGUGUGUGUGUGUGUGUUUGUGUGUCUCAGGUCCAUGCAAUCUGCCCGUCAGCGGGACAUCGUGUUUGCUGAUGGCAUUCAGACCAACCAGAGAUCAAACAUUGUGGUGCUACUAUGGCAACAGAGAGAAACUAAAAUCACAACUCCCAAUAUCUUAGUUUAGCUAAAGCUUUUAGUUUAACCAAUUCUAACGGUUCACCAAAAAAUUAAGUUUAAUUUCUAUAAAUGUAGUUGGGAAGGCCUAUGACUUUGUAAUGCUAAAUGUUUUUCAAUGCAUUAUACUUCCUUACUUGUGUUCUACUGUGAUUUUGUCCUGAUAGAAUACUGUAUGAGAGGUUUAAGAGGGUCAUCUGGACUGGACUAGGGACUAUUUGUUAAAGGUUCAGUGUGUAAGAUUUAGAGGGAUAUGUAGGCAGAAAUGGAAUAAAAUAUAAUAAAUAUGCUUUCUUUAGUGUAUAAUCACCUAAAAAUAAGAAUACUUUUGUUACCUUAAAAUGAGCCAUUUAUAUCUAUAAAGGGAGUGGGUCCUCAUCCACAAAAUCUGCAAUGUUACAACGCCAACACUGGCUCUAGAUAGGGCCAGUAACAUAGUUAGCAGGCACUCCGUAAUGAGCUUAAGAGUGUCCAGUAACCACAGAUUUUCAUUGUGAAACUGCUUUAUUCAGGGUUUUUACCAGUUGAAAUUACUGUUUGCGUUGGAGAGGAAGAGACCUCUGCGGAUAAUUUUGCUCCUGGUAAAAACCUGGACGUCUGGAUCUUAAGUUAUCAGAGAAAAUUAGCAUAAGCAGGUGCUGACCUAGCAGCCCAUCUGUGACGAGCCAAACAGCGUCAGAGACACACUAAUUUGUAACAUGAAACUGCUUUACUCAGUUUAUUAAAUCACUUUUUAACACAGUGUUUGUUUUGGAGAGACAGAGACCUCUGCAGAUAAUUUGGCUCCUGUUAAAAAACCUUGUGAACAAUGAAACCUAAAGGAAUCCUAACCAAGAGUUUAUGCUUGGCACAUGGGAGAAGUUUCGCCUGGUUGCAACCUGCAAACCUCACCACUAGAUGCCACUAAAUCCUACACACCGUUCCUUUAAUUUAAAAUCAAUUUAAUACUAUUUACCCUCACCUAUGGUGAUGAGCUCUGGGUAAUGACCGAUAGGAUGAGAUUGUGGCUACAAGCAGCUGGGCUCAGCCUCAGAGAUAGGGUAAGAAGCUUGGACAUCCGGAGGGAGCUCGGAGUACAGCUGCUCCUCCUUCGCAUUGAAAGGGGUCAGUUGAGGUGGUUCGGGCAUCUGAUCAGGAUGCCUCCUGGGCGCCUCCCACUGGUAGGAGGCCCUGGGGCAGACCCAGAACACGCUGGAGGGAUUACAUAUCUCAUCUGUGUUGCUGGGGAGAGGGAUGUCUGGGGUGCUUUGCUCGACCUGCUGCCCCCACGACCUGGCCCCGGAUAAGCGGAUGAAAAUGAAUCGAUGGAUUAAUGUUCUGUGGGAAUUCAGACAAUUUGUAAUAUGAAUUACAGUAGCUUGGUUAGAAAUUCAUAAUGUCUGUAACUUUAUAAAUUGUGUUAAAUGUCCUGUCCUAGUUAAAGACGAAGAUUUUACAGUGUACAGUCACUCUGCAUGAUUCAUUGGUAAUUGUUCUCACUGUUCCCGUACUGUGCCAAAUACUUGAGAAUAAAGAUUACAUAUUAAAAUAGACAAGCGAAUAAAAAUGUGCAAAUGUAAAUAAAUUCAAAUAGCCAUGAGAGUGUUUAAUAUUAGACGUAAGAGUUUGUAAUGUUUGUCUGGUGAUGUAUACAGACUACACAAAUUAAUAAUAUGGCAAUAACUUAAAUAGAAAGUGC